UCACUGUUGGCUCUGAGCUCGGUGUCGCUGUUUACCAGACCCUGGCUCACUUUGUUCGCUCCGAGACUCAAAGUGCGCAAAGAGGAGGAACAUGUGCGACGUGCAGCUGCUGCGGGUGUCGGUACAUGAGCGGAUCAGCGCUGCCGCUGAAGACUUUCUGCUGCAGCUGGAGAAAGGAGGAGAAACGGCUCAAGUCCCGGCGCUGAGAGCGAUGCUCACCGAGCGGCUAACGGCGGCGGCGGAGGAGAUCGACGCAGGGAUUGAGGAAACCCUGGCGGUGUACGAAGACAGAAUGGAGCGGUCAGAGCGGGAGAUCUGCCGCCAGAGGAGGCUGCUCGAUGCCGUCAUGAAGCCCGAACUCCGGCUGCACAGAGUUGUGUGUCCUGCAGACAUACAGCAGCUGAUGGUGAAUAAAGAAGAGGUUCCCCCUGAGCAGCAGCAGUGGAGCCCCAUUGUGGACCAGGAAGACCCAGAGUCCCCCCACAUUAAAGAGGAACAGGAGGAACCGUGGACCAAUCAGGAGGGAGAGCAGCUUCAACAACUUGAGCAGGCUGAUAUCAGGUUCACAUUGACUGCUGUCACUGUGAAGAGUGAAGAAGAUGAAGAGAAUCCUCAGUUGGCACAGCUUCAUCGGAAUCAGACUGAGGAGAACAGAGCGGACUGUGGAGAACAAGAACCAGCCAGGAACUCAGGUCCUGAUGGACAUUUACAACAAGGUACUGAGGAAAAGACUGUAGACAGUGAAGAUGAUUGGCUGCAGACCAGGGAACCUCAGUCUGGUUUAAAUACAAAAAAUAACAAACAGUCUCUAAGUGAUAUGAAAUAUAAAACUGGUAAGAAAGCAUUUAUUUGCUCCGAGUGUGGUAAAAGAUUUAGCUAUAAGAGCCAUCUAACUAUACAUAUGAGGAUUCAUACAGGAGAGAAACCAUUUAGUUGCUCUGAGUGUGGUAAAAGAUUUAGCCAAAAGUGCAGUCUAACUAAACAUAUGAGGAUUCAUACAGGAGAUAAACCAUUUAGUUGCUCUGAGUGUGGUAAAAGAUUUAGCCGAAAGUGCAGUCUAACUGAACAUAUGAGUAUUCAUACAGGAGAGAAACCAUUUAGUUGCUCUGAGUGUGGUAAAAGAUUUAGCCGAAAGUGCGAUCUAACUGAACAUAUGAGGAUUCAUACAGGAGAGAAACCAUUUAGUUGCUCUGAGUGUGGUAAAAGAUUUAGCCGAAAGUGCGAUCUAACUGAACAUAUGAGGAUUCAUACAGGAGAGAAACCGUUUAGUUGCUCCGAGUGUGGUAAAAGAUUUAGCCAAAAGCGCAGUCUAACUAAACAUAUGAGUAUUCAUACAGGAGAGAAACCAUUUAGUUGCUCUGAGUGUGGUAAAAGAUUUAGACUAAAGUGCAGUCUAACUAAACAUGAGUAUUCAUACAGGAGAGAAUUCUUUUAGUUGCUCCUAGUGUGGUAAAAUAUUUAGACUAAUAGGUAAUCUAACUGCAUAUGAGUAGUCAUACAGGGGAGAAUGAAUUUACUUGCUCUGUGUGGUUAAAGAUUUAAGUUGCAUCGUUUGCAACAAAAUAUUUAUUAGGAUUUGUCAGCAACUAUUCAUAUUAUACAUAUUAAUAGUUCACUGUUGUAAAUAGAGAAUUUAGAAUCCCCCCUUUCUCCUGUUUUUAUCAGUUAAACAAUUUUUAUGUCCCUAGAAAAUAUAACUCAUUGACUAACAUGAAAGAUUUGUGUUGAUAUUCCCUGUUUCUACUGAUUUGAUUUAUGCAUCAUAUAAUAUAUAUAUAUAUCUAUAUAUAUAUCUAUAUAUAGAUAUAUAUAUAUAUAUAUGAAUUGUAUAUAAUGCCCUCCAUGUCUUUAUGGUUAAAAUGUUUUCCUUGCACAGUAUGUAUAUGUAUGUUCUUAACCAGUUCAUAUGAUUAAAUAUGUUUGUUUUAAAUCACUGCGCUGACUGAUCAGUUAGUGAAGAGACAGUUACAAUGUGACCAUGGCUGUGUUAGAAUAAUACAUUUUUCUCAGGAAGGUUCAGAGUGAAAUGACCUGAAG